GGGUAUUUCUAUGCUGCAGUCAGCAGUUCAGUUUGCAUCAAUCCACACUAACGGCAACAUGGAUUCGUUCAACUGCGCAAGGUUUGCACUGGUGAGCUGUGUUUUCUGCUGGCUACUGUUCCCGAGCAAGGCCAAUGUCUACUACUCACAGGACCGACUCCUUACGUCCAAAUUGGAUCAGGUUCAGGAUAAAAUCAUGGAGCAGUUGGAAGCUCGACUGAACACCAUGCAAGAGAGAAUGGAACGCAAGUUCGGCGAACACAUGCUAGCACUGCGGAGAGCUGAGAAUGCGAAGUGGCUUGAAUUGGAUGAUAAAAUUCUCGUUCUGAAAGAAGCCAUUAAGCAGAACUCUGGUGCCUACUUCCCGUCGUGCCGAGAAGUUCCAUCGGAUUCGAGCAAUGUUUUUAUGAUUCGUCCGCCGGUUGCUGAUACGCCUCCGUUUCUGGCCUAUUGUGAGCAGAAUUUUCUCGGCGGAAGCUGGAUUGUGAUCCAUCGGCGUUUCGAUGGAUCGGUGGAUUUCAAUCGGAAUUGGGUGGAGUACAAGGAGGGAUUCGGCGAACCGAGUGGAGAGCAUUGGAUGGGGUUGGAUAAAAUCCAUAAGAUCACCCAAUCGGCCGAUCACGAGCUGUUGGUGGUUUUGAAGGAUUUCGACGGUAGAGCUAAGAUGGCUCUGUAUGAUGGAUUUGACGUGGAUAACGAGAAAGCGAAGUAUAAGCUUGCGGUUGGCAAGUUUGUACACGGUGAUGCUGGCGAUUCGUUCAGCAUGACCAACGGCGUUCGAUUUUCAACGAUCGACCAGGAUAACGAUAUGCUUGCGAACGGUUCUUGCGCAAAAUUCUUUCAAAGUGGUUGGUGGUUCAAAAAUUGCAUGAAUGCAAAUUUGAACGGACUUUACCACAAAAGAGAUGAUAGAAACAUGACUAUGAACUGGUUUACCUUCCGAAACGAUUUACAGGGACUUCAGGAAGCAUCGAUGAUGAUUCGUGAGAAAGUUAGUUUCAAAAACUAACAGCAAUCGCUUCUUCCCAUGAAAACAUUUCACCCCAGUACUAUGUGACUGAAUAAAUCAACAAUAAACACGCUUUAACAUA